UUUGCCGCUGGCUACACGAACAGCGGUGUCUACGAAAUCACUACCCCAAACACAAGCAAGAUUGACGUAUACUGUGACCAUGGAAACGAGGAUUCAGGCUGGACGAUGGUUUUCAAGGCCGUAAGUGGUGUACCACUACAACAACAAGGUCCUUCAGUAUUAUGGCUGUCAAACUCUCUUCUAGAAUCCUCUUCGUCAGCUUUAUCCAUAAACAGCUCGUCCAGACAGCACUAUAAAAACAGGAUCGUAGAACACUGGCAGGCAUUCAAUCCAACACAGGUUCGAUUGUCGUUGUACAAGGACAAGAAAGAGGUUGUUCUUUUGGUAUUCAACGCCACAGGAUCUACCAAGACCAACUGGUUUUCUCGUGUUCGUCUUCUAACAAGUCCAUGGACUGACAUACAUUCCCAGCCUGUCAACUACUUCUCCAUCAAUGGUGAUAUCAGGGAUAUUUUGAGGCGAACCUUUUUCAUAAACAGUCAAUAUGUUGAUUGUUCACUUGACUUAGGAUGGAUGGUUCUUGAGGAGAAGAUCCCUGGAGGAUGCACCUGGGAAAACCAUUUUCAGCAUUUCUCGGUAUUAUAUUCUCCAACCAACAGCCGCGUACUGUGGUCAAACGAAGGUUAG